AUGGACUUCAACGAAACCAGCUUCGACGAUACUGAUUGGGCGUUCGAGGAUUCGCAGCAACUUCUGCAUCAUGCGAGAGUAAUCGUGAACCUCGUAUGCUGUUUGGCUGCAGUUCUUGGUAUACCAGCAAAUCUAUUUGUGUUGAUUGCAAUAUUUUACUUCCGCGAUAUGCGGACAAUAUCCAAUAUUUAUAUUGGGAAUUUGGCUGCUGCUGAUCUACUACUCUUGGCUGGUACACCAAUCAUAAUCACACAAUCGAUCACCGAGGAUUGGAACUUUGGCACGGCCGUCUGCAGGCUGUUCAUUACUGGAAAUGGGGUUUCGCAAUUUGCGUCAGCGAUGUUCAUCGCAGUUCUGUCGUUCGACAGGUUCCUAGCAGUAUGUCGUCCUACUCGAUCGUCACUAUUCCGAACCAGGAGAGCAGCCACAGCUGCCACUAUCCUAACAUGGGCGAUAGUCAUUGUGGAAAGUAUGCCUCUGUUUAUGUUCGUGGAAGUUAGACCAUUGAGAUACACUUCAAACGAAACAGAUCCAGGAAAACGUAAAUGCAUUCUAGUCGCCAAAGAUGAUGGUGGACCUGAUUAUUUUUCACGGGAAUUCUUCACAUUUUACACAUUUACGUUGAGUUAUUUACUGCCAUUAAUUGCAAUUUGGUUCUUCUAUGCGAAAAUUAUUCGAAAACUUUGGAGGCGACGUCAACAACUGCAUCUUAAGAGGAAACUUUCGAAGCAAAAAACUACUAAGGUUACUGUUAUGGGUCUUUCGAUUGUUAUAUCGUAUACGCUAUGCUGGUUACCGUAUUGGCUUAUUCAGUGGUUGAUAGCACUAAAUAUUGGUUGGAAUAUGGAAAGUACAAAGAACAUGUCAAUUCUCACGUGUGCUUCAUAUGCGGCGUUCGCGCUUCUUUACAUUAAUCGCGCGGUCAAUCCUUUCAUAUACGUGUUUUUGUCCGAGUCCUUCAAGAGAAAUGUCUCCGAACUAGUCUGCAAAAAUACAAGCAUUCUACAUAAACAAAACAACUCGGUGACGAUCAGAAUGCUACCUCCUUCUAACAACGAACCUACUAAUUCUGUAUGA